GGACGGUGUCACUUGACUCGCUGAAAACGGUGCAACGUACGUAAAAAGAUGUGCACGGAAAUGCCAAAAUCUGCAUCGAUGCAAUGCCGCGUGUCGCGUGCAGGCUCAUCGCCCCCGAGAGAGAUGCUCCUUGGCGGGGACACACCAGCAACAAAGAGAGAAAGAAACGUCAAGUUUCGACUUCAAUGCAGAUCAUCUAAAGCAUCCGGCACUGAGGGACUUUGUUUUGAAGAACUGUCCCAGUGGUCACAAUCCCUGGAGAGACUCAUGGCAUCAAAGUAUGGAAUGAAGAUAUUCCAGGCUUUCCUGAAGUCCGAGUUCAGCGACGAAAACAUGGAGUUUUGGCUGGUGUGCGAGGAAUACAAGAAAAUCAGGUCCUCGUUCAGGACGACAUGCAGGGCUAAAAAGAUCUUCAAACGUUACAUCCAGGCCGAGGCACCGAGAGAGAUCAACAUUGAUCACAAGACCAGGGAGCUGAUCCGACGCAGCCUUAAGUCGGGUGGCACAGGGUGCUUUGAUGAGGCCCAGAGGAUGGUCUACGGACUAAUGGAGAGGGAUUCCUACCCCCGAUUCUUACAGUCAGACGUAUACCAGACUUUUCUGGAAUCUGUUUCCAAAUCCGUGGCAAUGUGAAGACCUUACAUGCCAGUUUUGUUUGACUCGAGACCGUGGACACUCCCAGAAGGGAGCUGAGCCUCCAUUCAGUGGGAACUGCGGAGCAAAAUUAUGUAUCACACCAAAAACAUGAUCUGUAACCGACAGAGCACUUCUGUGGUAAGUACUUGUUCAGAACCAGCUGGGGUGAUACACAUGAACAUGUGCGGGAGUUGACCACCAAACCGAAGACAAACGAUCCUAAGAUCUUGGAGACACAUCCAGAAAUGAUCCUGACCAAAGAUGCAUUCUUCUGUAUGAACACUCACCUUUUCACCUGCCAAGCCUUGCAGGAGUCCGUCAGUGUUUGCAAAGAUACAAUUGCUCAUCACUCAUGUGGCGUAGCACACCCUGGAAGAUCUUCCCAAUAGUCUCUUACCAUAUUUCAAGGCAGAUUAUUUGAUGCAUUGUGUUGUGUAGGCUGCCUACUUUGCUUCAAGUUCCAAAAUAUAACAAGAACUAAUGUUGCCUCAGUAAGGAAAGCAGCCAUUGGCUGUCCUCAAAGUCGCCAGAUGACAGCAUGGCUUCAUUUGCAUAAUUUAGGAGAGAGAAAUAAAGUUUUUUUUACCUGCAA